GGUGUGAAAACGCUACCAUCGAUUUUCUUUUUGAUUUUUGUUCAACUAUAUAUAUAGGACUCAACCUAAUUGUUCUUUCAACAAUCUAAGAUUCCAAACUUUAGAAGAGCUUAGACGCACAAGAGCAGAAUGAGUGUAGAAGUUCUGGAUGGGGCAACGAUUCUUGACUUUGUGGCUGAUGAAGAAGCUUUCACUGUUUCCAUACGCAACCACUUCACGCACCUUGAUACAGAUCAUGAUGGCCUCCUCUCUUAUGCAGAGAUGCUGAAGGAGUUGCAGAGCCUGAGGGUUUUGGAAACUCACUUUGGCAUCGACGUGAAGAGAGAUCCGGAAGAGCUGGCUCAUGUCUAUGAUUCCCUGUUCGUGCAGUUCGAUCAUGACUCCAACGGGACAGUGGAUUUGGAGGAGUUCAAGGCGGAGUCAAGGCAGAUGCUGGUGGCUAUGGCCAACGGAAUAGGGUUUCUGCCUGUUCAAAUGGUGCUUGAAGAGGGUAGCCUUCUGAAGAAAGCCACUGAGUGGGCGUCCACCAAAGUUUGAAUUUGUUUUGAGUGCCUAGGCAAAAAUU